AUGCGUAUCGCCGUCCUACAAUUCGCCCCUACUCUGGGCGAUGUAGAGCGGAAUAUGCAACAUGCCUCAAACCUAGUGUACACGUCCCAGCCCGAGUCAAUCGACAUGCUUGUCCUCCCCGAAAUGGCGUUCUCCGGCUACAAUUUUCCAAACGUUUCCGCCAUCACACCAUACCUAGAGCCCACCACGUCUGGACCAACGACACGUUGGGCCGCAACCAUUGCCAAACAAUACCAGUGCUACGUAAUCGUGGGCUAUCCGGAGAUUGCUACCAUGUCCGAUGGCACCACAGUCAAUUACAACUCGACCGUCACUGUAGGCCCGAGUGGAGAAGUACUGAACAACUAUCGCAAGUCCUUCCUGUAUUACACCGAUGAAACCUGGGCAAUUGAAGGCUUCCGCUCGAACAGUACACAGCAACCGUUCUUCUGCGGCGACAUCGAAGGCUUAGGUCGCAUAGGCCACGGCAUUUGUAUGGAUAUCAACCCUUACCAGUUCACCGCGCCGUGGGCAGCAUACGAGUUCGCCAAUAGCAUGCUCGCAGGUAAUGCACGAUUAGUAGUCCUGUCGAUGGCUUGGCUUACUCGGCUUGCGCCCGAAGACCUUAAGCUUGAGCCGGACCGACCGGACAUGGAGACUGUGGCGUACUGGCUUGAGCGCUUUCACCCGUUCCUCGAAGCGAGCGGCUUGCGGGACGAGAUCAUCGUUGUCUUUGCCAAUCGCUGCGGGGUCGAGGGUAAUCGAGAGGGGGAUAGGGUGUGCUAUGCGGGCAGCUCGUGCGUGAUGCGAUUUCAGGGUGGCGGAGUCAGAAUGUUUGAGAAGGCGAGGAAUGAGGUCGCGAUUUUGGGCAAGGCGGAAGAAGCAGUGCUGCUGGUAGACACGGCGCAGCCGGCGCGGUUCCUACUGCAGCAGAAAGGUGUUUGA